AUGUCAAACAUCACACAUAAGUUGAAUAAUUGUAAUUUAACUGUAGAGACAUGUAUUUUUCAGUUGGUUAAAAUUGCAUUGAAACGUAGAGCUUCUGCAAUUGCAGUAAGAUUUGAUUAUAAACAGAGAAAAAUACAAGUUGUUGAUAAUUCAUAUGGUUAUACAAAGAGUGAGUUAGCUUCUAUUUUUAAUAAGAAAAAUGAAGAAUCUGAACAACACAUUUUUGUUAAAAUAAGAUGUACUUCAAAUGCUGUAAUAGUAACUUCAAAACAUGAACUUUCUUCCCAUACAUAUGUAAAGGUUGCUAAUAAAAGUAGAGAUAAGUUUAUUCAAGGCUAUGACAGGCCAUCAAAAGGUACUACUGUAACAGUUUAUGAUUAUAGUUCUUCAAGUUGGAUUGAAAGUGAUAAAAAUUAUACUAUUGCUUAUGUACUGGCUGCAUUAGCAUUUAUUGAAUUAGAGGUAAUUUUGUUGCUCUUCCUCGAUAUGAAAGAUUUUGUGAAAUACUUAUAAACAUUGUUUGGUCAGG